UUCUUUAAAUUACGUUCGGGAUUUAAUUAGCAUCUAAAAUAUAAUUGAUAUAUACGAAUUCAAAUUAUGCAAUAGAAUGCGUUAUAUAUAAAUACGAAGAGAAAUAAUUUUUAAAAAUUAUUACUUCCCUCUUAUUCCUUAGCAACCGUAUCCCAGAGUAACGACAAACUGGUAGACAACGUCCUUUCAGUUGAGUGAACCAAUAUGCCAGGUUUUGAUUAAGGUCAAAGAACAUCCAGCUGGAGAAGAAACUGCAAAAAGUGUCAAAAAAGAACCACUGGAAAGAUGUCUGAAGAGGAAUCAGAAAAAAGGAAAUUAAUUGCAAAGUCAAUUUCCAAGAAGGAAACACGGAAAAGUGAUUCAUUGUCAGUACCAGGUACUGCUUCUUCAAGGAGUGGAAGCAGUAAUGAAGAAGAUGAUGAGGAGUCUACAGUGUAUUUUAGUUCAAGUUCUCGAGAUGAAAGUGAUUUUGAACUUUCAGAGCCUGAAAAAGAAGAAAAAGUUGUUAAGAGAGUGAUACCUGAAGAUUUUUUUUAUGACUAUGAAGAAUUGAAAUACAGGCCAUUUGUCACAGAAGAUUCUGGUUUACCAGAAGACAUGUUAGAUUUCAAAUAUUCAUUGGGCUAUGACUGCACCAGGAGAUGUAAUCUCUGUCUUCUUGACAAUGACACAGUUCUGUUUGCAACUGGAAAUGUAAUAACAGUCAUCAAUGUGAAAACUGGAGAAAGGUCCUUUCUGAGAGGUACCAGUGCAGGUGGAAUUUCAGCAAUUCAGCUUCAUCCCAAAAAAACAUUCUGUGCCGUUGGAGAAAAACAAAAUUUUCCAAAUUUAAAUAUCUUCGAAGUCCCAUCAUUCAAACUGUAUCGUAUUUUAAGAGAGGGAACCACACAUCUGUACAGCUUUUUAGAUUUCAGUCCUGAUGGUGCAUUACUGGCUUCCCAAGGUGGAGAGCCUGAUUAUAUGCUGACUCUGUGGAAUUGGUCCCAGGAGCAGAUUGUCUUGAGAUGUAAAGCUUUCUCCCAGGAAAUAUACCGAGUGUCCUUCUCUGCUGAUCUUGAGGGAUAUCUGACCACUGCUGGAAUGGGACAUAUCAGGUUCUGGAAAAUGGCAAAUACGUUCACAGGUUUGAAGCUUCAAGGGUAUCUUGGGAAAUUUGGCAAAACUGAGAUGUCAGAUAUUGAGGGAUAUGUCGAACUCCCAGAUGGCAAGGUGGUUUCCAGCUGCGAGUGGGGAAACCUGUUGGUGUGGGAUGGUGGACUGAUUAAAGUCCAGAUUGGACGGAAAAAUAACAAAACCUGCCAUGUGGGCCACAUUCAGCAAAUUUUUUUGGAUGAAGGAGAACUUAUGACCAUUGGUCAAGAUGGCUACAUUCGUGUUUGGGACUUUGAAACAAUGGAUACAGCUGAUUCUGUUGAUGAGUCUGGGAUGUUCAUAAUGGAGCCCAUGAAUGAAUUAAAAGUUGGUGCUCAACAAAAUGUACAGCUUUAUUAUAUGAGAAGGCAAGAAGAAAAUGAAGAACAAGACACAAUGUUAUGGUAUGCUCAGGAUGCUAAUGGAGGCAUUUGGGAGUUAGAUCUUACCUUUUCUCACACAUCUCGGGCACCAAAAAAACUGUUUUCCUUUCAUGCUGGAUCUAUAAAAGCUAUAGACUGUUCUCCAGUAGCUAACCUGUUGGCUACAACUGGUGUGGACCACACUAUUCGUAUCUUUGACAUUGACUCAAAUAAACAGCUAUCUGAGAAGAGGUUUGUUGCUGGAGGGACAUGUUUGAUUUGGAUUUCAGAAAAGUUAUGCCCCAAGGGAUCUCACAUAAUUGCUGGUUUUGAAGAUGGUGUUGUGCGCCUCUUUGAAAUAUGCAAACCAGUUGAUGAGGGUACUACUCGCAAAGGGAAAAAUACUUGUGACUUGCAGCUGUAUCAGGUGAUUAAGCUUCACAAAAUGCGCAUAAACUCUAUGGAGUUCAAUGCUGAGGAAACUAUAUUGGCAACAACGGGAGAAGAUCGUGCUGUAUUUUUCUCUAGGUUCACUCAGAACCUUACACUUGAACCUAUUGGAUUUGUUGAAUCCCCUCAUCAUCCCAAGAAGCUGCUGUGGUUUCCCAACAGUUUGAAUAAGAUCCUCAUAAUAUGUGAAAGGAAUUCAGUGGUAGAGUUUGAAACACCAGAGGAAGCAGUGUUUGAUACUGAACAUACAUACUUCCUCGGAGAGUUGAAACCAAGAAUUUACACAUUUAAAAGUAUAAAAUCAGUCAUACUGCAUGAAGAAGAGUUGGAAGUUCAAAGGAAGUUAGAAGAAGAGCGUCUCAAACAGGAAGAAGAGGAACAUCAGAGACGGAGAGAGCUUGGCGAGGAAUCUGAUUCAGAACCUGAAGAAACUGAAGAAAAAGAAGAAUCUAAAGAAGAGGUAGUAGAAGAUACCUGGGAACCGUACAUCCCUGAAAUCCCUAGUCCCAUCUUAUGUGGCAUGUAUUCUUCAGAUGGGAGAUCUUUCUGGUUGACAUUGGGUGAUUACGAUGCUGGUUAUAUAUAUGAAUGCGCAUUUCCAGGUGAGGGUGAUCCUCAGAGAGCUAUUUCUGACAGUGAUCCAGCAACCCCAAUCAGAGCUGUUGCUGUUGUGAACAAUAAUAAUGCAGGAAUUACAAUAAUGAAGUUUUGCAAAUCCCAAACCCAGCUGUUGCUAGGUACAACUGAUGGCAAGAUCAGAGUGCAUCACUUACCUGUUCCUGGUUCCAUCAAAGAGCUCGGUCCAUACUGGGAGUUUGGGAUACAUGAUUCAGAUUAUGGCUACCUAACUGGUUUAGUAGUCAACUUUCAGGACAAUUACCUAAUAUCUUCUGGUGCUGAUGGAAAUAUCUUUAUCUUUUCUUAUAUGUCACUAGACAAAAUUGAAGAAAAAAUUGCUGCUGCAGAACCAUAUAUUUUCCUAGCGAAGGAGAAACUGUAUGUUGAUGAUUUGGAAGAUCCAACAGCUUACAGUAUAGAAGAUGCAAAACAAAAAGCCGAAUAUGACCGGAUCAUGGCAGAAGCUAACCAAAAGAAAGAAGAAGUUCACCAGCAUAUUGCACUUCUCCGCCGAGAUUAUAAACACCUGAUUGAACAAAAUGCUUGCUUGCCAGAAAAUCUUAGACUGAGUCCAAAAGAAUUUGAAAUUGAUACUACAAUAAAAGAGGAAGUGUUUUCUCAAAUAGACAAGAAAAUACAGGAAGCGAAAAUGAAAGUUUCCUGGAUAACGGAGAAACAUUCACUUUCCUUGAUGAAACUUAGAAAAUUUUAUAAAGAUUAUGUGAAAUGGAACCGCAUUGUGGUUUAUGCAUUUAAUUCACCUUACAAAGUCAGUACAACUCGUUUACCAUGUCUCCCAAAUGAUUUCUACCAAAAGAAGAGUGAUUUGGAUCACAAGAAAAAUGGCAAGAGGUUCACUCUUAAUGAUCUCCAGCAGAAAGAAUCAGAAGUAAGAAAAGAUGCAAAAGCCGGUGAUGCUGAAGGCAAGAGUUCUGGUACAAGAGAGAGUGUUACUGCUAGCAGUUUGAAAGGUGUUGCUGGAGAGCGGAUUCUGAAAGCUAUUCACAAAGUAGAAGAAAUUAAACAAAGAAGAAUUAAAAGAAAAGAACAGUGGGAUAAACUUUACAAUGAAAAACCAGCUGAUGACUAUGAAGAUCCAAAUGAUUUGGCUGCAAUUAAAGAAGCCAAAGAAAACAUGGGUGAUUAUAAAUUAAAAACUGCUGAAGAUUAUGUUGUUCCAGACCUUUUGAGGAUGAAUACAAACAAAGCUAGGCUCAAACUCUUCCAGCUUGUUGAACAUAUAUCUCAAUACAUAUCGGAUUUCAAUGAGAAAGUUCUAGAGUUACGCAAUGAGAAAAAGAAACUAGUCGAUAUAAUAGCAUCCCUGCAUGAUGAGAUUAGUAGCAUUCAGAGCAAUAUGCCAGAAGAACUAAGAAUAUAUCUCCUUGAUCCACCAAAAAUGGUACUAGAAGAGACCCCUGAACAGAAAUAUGACUUCGAAACAGAGGAUUUGUUAUAUUUUAAGAACAAGUUACUUAGUAUGGACAACAGCCUAGUAUUGGGGUUAAAAGAACGAAUGCUACAGGAGCUAGAGACACCACCAACUAAUGUUCCUCCCCCAAAGUAUACAAGUCGCGGUUCCCUGAUUUUAAUGAAAAGCAGCAAUAUGGGUGUCUUUGAGCCAAAAGAGGAAUUCUUUAACCAGAUGAUUGAUAACGAGAGUUUUCAAAGAUCAACAGCUAUAACCAAAGUGGAAAUCAUGCAAGCAAAGGAACUAGGAAUUAGGAAUGAAUACAAAAGAGAUGAUCUACUGAGGAAAAUAGAGCAGAUGAAAGCAGAUUUUGAUGCAAGGCUUUGUUUAUUGCGACAUGAAAAAUUUCUCUUAGAUGUUGUAAUUAAAAAAGGAAAUUUAAGGGAAAUAACAGCUUUUGAAGAAUUAGUUUUACUAAAAGAAUAUGAAAAGUAUGAAAACAUCAUCGCAGAAAAAGUCGAAGAGAGAUUCAAAGAAAAACUUGAUAUGGAAAGAAAGGUUCAAGAAUGUCAGGCCAAAAUUGAUAACAAAAUAAAAGAUAUUGACAAACUUCUGGAACGUGAACGAGCCCUUCAUGGAACACUUGUAUCAACAAUUGGAGAAAAUAAGUUUGCUGAUUACCUCAUUAAAGUGUUCAAGAAGAAGAUUAAGAGAUCAAAGAAAAAAGAAACAGAAGGUACUGAUGAAGACAGCGAUGGAAGCAGCUCUGAAGACAGUGACAUCACUGACACAGAUGAAGGCUCUGAAUCAGAGUCAGCUGCUUUUGACCUUGAUGUCUGUCCUUCAGGAUGUGACCAGGCACUUUAUGACACCACUUGCACAAUGCGUGAAAAACGACUUGAUAUUGAAGAUCAAUUAAUGGAAGAAAGGAAAAACCAGGAAACAUUCAAAAAGGAUAUAGAUGCUUUAAACAAAAAGGCUAAAGUUAUCAAUACCUCUCUGGAGAAAGCACAAAAUGAUUUGGAAGCUUUUCAGUUAGAAAAACAACGUAAAUUGAAUGAACUGGAUGUAACAGUAACUUUACUCCUGCAACAAAUUCAAUACACUGUUGGUAAGAAAUUCCCUCACGAUAUAUCAAAGGCUUUGGUUUUCAGAAAUAAUCAGAUUCUAAAUUUGAACAGCAGAAUUAAAGAACUUCAAGCUGAAAAGAAUCAACAAAAAAGAAACAAACAAGAAGAACGUCUAAAACACUGCCAACUUCUAAGAGACAAAAGACAGUUUGAACAAAUAAUAGGUCAACUAGAAGACACUUGUAACAAGAUGAUAGAAGAUAAGUUUGGUCGGCUUGUUGACAUGGAAACUGUUGAAACAGUAACAGUGCAUAGAACCAAUGCUGAACUUGAGGAAAGGGCACACCAAACAGAACACCAAUUGAGAGCAAACAGAUGUAAAGAGAGGGAAAAUAUAAUGCAGCUGAAGCGUGAUAUAUCAGCAGUGACAAAAGAAAAUACAGAUCUUACUGGGCAGUUACGAAUAUUACUGGAAGAACAACAUCUGUUAGAAGCCAGACUGGGUUCAAGGCAGAAGAAUCUAGGUGAGGAAUUCCGAGGAGAAUCUCAGCAAACUAUUGAUGAACUGGAACGUCUAGAACAGCUGUGUGACCUUCAAACACAGGAAAUUUUCAAUCUGAAAAAAGAACUG